CUAACUUGUGUGUUUUAGUCUCCUGUGUGAAUCAGAACCAUCUUCUAUCAAAAGCACUGUUAUGAACGUUGCUAUAUCAAGCGUUUACAAGUAAACUGGCCAAUAAUGCCCCCUAUAGGCUGCAUACAUCAUAAAGACUGUCUUAUUUCAAAUAUUAACAAUUAUAAAGUUGACAAUUUUUCUUAGUUAAUUGUAAAUUGUUGUUAUAUGCUUAUGACUUGUGAAUGUAAUGUUCAGUUAACUGAAAUAAACCAAGCUUGAUGCAGCCUUCUAUUUGUGUAAACGUACAAUGUCUCAUACCCAUGGACCAGCUACUGCUCCCUACCUCAUUGGAAGGCGGGGCUUGCAAUUUGUUUCCACAUUACAGUAAAAACUGAUCCGUCUUGUAAACGUCUGUGUUAGGUCUGGUUGUACAGAAAUGUUCAAUAUGGACCUCUGCUUUCUGUAUCUCUGUCUAUUAUUUUGUCACUUCGGUGGUGUGCUGGGUGUUGAGACGUUGUUUGUGAAACAGGGAGAUACAGUUAUUCUUCACACAGGUGUUACUGCAUUACAGCCAUAUGAACAUUUAAUUUGGAGGUUUGGACCUAAAAACAUCAUCAUUGCUGAACUCCCUGUUCAUCAGACUUUUAUAUUUGAUAAUAACGGAUUUGGCUACAAUCUGGGACUGAACGAAGAGACCGGAUCUCUAACCAUCUACAGCAUCAACACAGAUUACUCUGGAGUAUAUACAGUAGACAUCACCAUCCCAAAACUACACAAGAGCAUCAUCAAUAAUGUCUUAAAUAAGAGUUUCAACGUUAUUGUUUCUGAUCCUCUACCUGUUCCUGUCAUCAUCAGAAACUCGUCACAAUGUUCAUCAUCAUCAUCAUCAGAAAGAUCAUCAAGCUCAAAAUGUGUGUUGUUGUGUUCAGUGAUGAAUAUAACAGAUGUGAGUCUCUCCUGGUACAAAGGAAACAGUUUAUUGUCCAGCAUCAGUGUGUCUAAACCAAAACCUACCGCUAGUCCAGAUGCAGAUGGGGAAUAUAUUCGAAAAAGGUCCUACGAUGUGAUGGCGAAUCCAAAGAGCGUCUUGGCUAACACCUCCGCGUCUCUUCCUCUGGAGGUGGAAUAUAAGGAUACAAGCACAUACAGCUGUGUGGUGUCCAAUUCAACCAGCAAACAGACUCAACAUCUUAACAUUGCACAGAUCUGUCAGCAAUGUCCAGGACCCAUGCCACCUUUAUAUCUUUUAGCACUGAUACCAGUUGUUCUGGGGUUGUUUUUGAUUGGGAUGUUUCUCUGCUGGAAGAAUCUGUUUCGAAACAUCUCACAGUGUACUGAAAUGGUGUCCAGUAAACACGUACUGUUCAGAAUAGCUCAAUCUUUCAUUGAGUUGUCAGUAUCUGUCCAGGCUGGUGAAUAA